UUAGCGUAGAGCUUUUGUGAUGGAGAAUGUGAUAAAUCUUACUUGAGUGCAAAUCACAGCAUCUCAUUAGAGCUUGAUGACAUCACCUUUAGCCAUUGCUUGGGAGGUGGUUGAGACACCAAACACAGAGCAUAUAAUUCCUAAUUUCUUGCAACAUUACCGUGAGGGUGUUCCAUUUGGUGUAUUGGGCAAAUGAUGGGCAUCCCGAAGACGCUGACGCGAGGAUAUCCUCUGCGCCGUCGCGAGUAGCGCGACGACAAGAGGCGGGAGAUGUGAUUUACAAGCGAUAUAAAAGAAGCUGCACUUUCACCAGGUAGACGCAUUUACAGUGCGACAAAUCAACAAAUCAAACCCCUCACAGCCAUAUUUGGUUCCUCAUUUUCUUUGGUGAAGUAAAAUACUCCCUCACUCUGUGUUUUGUGCAAAAAAAAGCCAAGAAUAAGGAAAAGUGAAGGCAAAAAAGGAUUCUCGCGCGGAUUUGCAAAAGAAGCUGUAAAUUGUGCCAAAAAGGAUAGUGUUGCAAAAGGAGCACACAGACACCCUCCAGAGAUGCACCAUCAAAUCCUAUUAUUGCUCCUCGUUGCCCUGGCAGCUGUGCAGGCGUCACCAAUUCCUCAGCUUUGCGAUCCAGCGGUAAUUGAUGAGAUGCCGCCCCACAUAAAGAAGGUCUGUGUCGCAUUGGAGAACUCCAAUCAACUCUCCAGCGCACUGAGCGCCUUCCUGCGUGCCGAAACAUCUGCCCUGAUGUUCCGACCUGAGGAUCUCGCCUCGCUCACGUCAUCCCAACUUGGUGGCAAGCGAACGGACGUUGAUCACGUCUUUCUGCGAUUUGGACGACGGCGCUAAGACGCCUCGUUGAAAAUCUCAUCCACCAACCCCCUACCAUCUUCCCACACCCACCACCCCAUCUUUACCACCCCCGCAAUCCCAUCCCGGCAGAGCCAACAUUUAAAAAGAGAAAGAAAUAUGAGGGAGUUAAAGAUGGUCACUGUUCUCUGAGAAACAUUUUGCAACUCUUCAGCCAACUUCAGCAUAAUAAUAUUUUUUGUACAUAACAUCUGUGCUGCAUUUCGUUAGUAAUGAAAAAAAAAACACAACAAAUAUUAAAUAAAUAAAUAUUACCUUCAAAAGAGAAAAAAAAAGAAAUAAUGUGUAAUGUUUAUCGAUAUAAAGAAAUAAAAAUUAUUUAAACCCUUGAAAA